UCAGGUACUGGUCACUUGCUUUUGAACGAGUCACAACCCUGCUUUUUUUACCUCUGAUGAUUUCAUAUCGGCUCGUACACUUUCGCUGAAACCCCACCCGCCUCUUAGAAGCUGAUAGGAGGAAAUUGAGGCCAAGCCCUGACGGUGCAAAGUGUAAACAAACAAUUGAAGAUACACAAGAAUAUAUCAUACGGGAUAGUUUCGAUAUAGUUAGUUCUGAACGUGACAACGACAACAGGAUCCAGCGGUCAACACGAAAUUUGGCACAAUUUGGGUGGCUCGCUCAAGUUCUUUUCCAUAGAAGUGUAAUUCAAGCUCCGUCUGUCAUCAUCUAAGUGUGUAAUUCGUAUUUUCACGUGUGGUUGCCGGUCCGUUCGUAUCGUGAGGAACAAACAUGGGUCUUCUUUCGCUUGGAUCUCCUUUAUCGUGGUCCGAAACCAAGCAGUACGCCAAUCAUGUUCGAAAGCACGGUAUUUUGCAGUUUCUUCACAUCUAUAAUAGGCUAAAAGACCGGGAAAAUGACUGCUUGAAAUGGGGUGACGAGGUGGAAUACACAUUGAUAAAACUUGACCAUGAGAACAAGAAAGUUUACACAGACUUGAGGGCCAAAGAAAUGCUAGAUGUGCUAACACUGGAGGAAUUUAGAAAUCCAAACACUAACAAGACUGCAUGGAGACCUGAGUAUGCAGGCUACAUGGUCGAAGGGACACCGGGCCAACCUCUGGGUGGAUGUAUGAGACACUUCAACAUGAUUGAGGCAAACAUGAGGCUUAGACGUGAAGAAGUCUUGAAGAAUCUCUCAGAACCUGGAGAAACUGUUUUGUCAAUUUGUGGAUUUCCCAGACUUGGAUGCCCAAACUUUACAUACCCAAGCUUUGACCCAACUCCUGUUGGAGGAACUUCCUGUUCAAUGUUUUUUCCUGAUCAGGCAACAUACCAAGGGCAUCCAAGAUUCAGCACCCUUACACGAAACAUUCGGGAGAGGAGGGGCUCUAAAGUUGCCAUCAACAUUCCAAUUUUUAAGGAUGUAAACACUCCAUCACCUUUCAUCGAGAAGUUUCCUGUAGUAGAAGGGGAAGGAGCAAAGGCUGCUUUGCCAGAUCACAUCUAUUUAGAUAGCAUGGGCUUUGGUAUGGGCAUGUCUUGCCUUCAGAUGACGUUUCAAGCCUGCAGCAUUCAAGAAGCGAGGUUUCUGUAUGAUCAGCUGGCAGUUGUUACUCCUAUUGUGAUGGCUCUCUCUGCCGGAACUCCGAUCCUGCGCGGGUACCUGUCAGAUCUGGAUUGCCGCUGGAGCGUGAUUUCAGGCUCAGUUGAUGACCGCACUCCCGAAGAGAGAGGUCUGGAGCCUUUGAAAGAAAACCGAUUCGUGAUCCCCAAGUCACGGUACGACUCUAUAAGCACAUACCUUUCUCAAGACGGAGAAAAGUAUAGUGAUAUCGACCUGGUGUACGACAAGGAGAUUUAUCGGCAGCUUAUAGACGCUGGCAUCGAUGAUCAGUUAGCUCGCCAUUACGCACACUUGUUCAUUCGUGAUCCCUUGACCUUGUUCCAAGAGCAUAUUCACCAAGAUGAUGAACAGAACACAGAUCAUUUUGAGAAUAUCCAGUCUACAAACUGGCAGACUAUGCGUUUCAAGCCACCUCCUCCCAACUCCUCCAUCGGAUGGAGAGUGGAGUUUAGGCCAACUGAGGUUCAACUGACAGAUUUCGAGAAUGCCGCCUAUGUGACGUUUGUUGUGCUUCUUACACGAGUUAUUUUGUCGUUCGACCUCAAUCUUCUGAUUCCUCUAUCCAAGGUGGAUGAGAACAUGGUCACUGCCCAGAAGAGAGAUGCAGUCCGCCAAGGCCAGUUUUACUUCAGGAAGACGUUGAAGAAAUGUCCUACCGCGGCCAAUGGAAGCGCUCAGAAUCCAGAGUUGGAAGAAUGUAAAGACGAGUAUGAACUGAUGACAAUAGACAAGAUAAUUAAUGGAAAGGAAGGUGAAUUCCCUGGUCUGAUACCCCUGAUGGAGAGUUACCUCAGCAACGUGGAUGUUGACAUUGACACGCGAUGCACCAUCUCGCAGUAUUUGAAGCUCAUCUCUAGGAGGGCGUCUGGUGAGCUGUUGACCACAGCACAAUGGAUGCGUAGGUUUGUUGAAGUGCACCCUGACUACAAGAAGGACUCUGUUGUCAGUGAAACGAUUUGUUACGAUCUUAUGAACACUUUUGACCGCAUAAGUAAAGGCGAAGUUGGAGCCCCUGAACUCUUUGGGAAACCUACUUCGAAAACAAGUGAUGUACUGCUGAAGAAAUGUUUGGAAAUCAAAGAGGAGAUGAACAAAAUUGAAGCUGGGAAAGAGGCUGUGUAAAACUGAUGUAUUUUCCGCAAAAUUUGUACGUUAUGGUCAGCGUUGUUGUUGUAUAGAGGCAGCUGACUUGUGUAAUGAAAACCCUCUCAGCAUCGAAUGCAGUGAAGUUGUACAAAGCUAAAGGAGUAAAUUUUGGAGUAGCUAUCUAAAGUCAAGUUGCCAAUUCAAUGUUGCAUAUUAUUGGAACUCACCAUAUGAAUAUAUUGUCAGUAACCGAUUACAUUCGUAUAGCUUAGAAAACGCUCUUGAAGUCUCGUUACCAAAGGUGUGAUUUGAUUACUCGACAAAUUUUCGGACUAAUGAAAUCAAAGAACAAAUGUGACCUUCGAAGUGGUGCUUAAUCUUUUGAAUUUCGUUACAAGGGUUUGCUAGCUUCUUGAUUUGAAAAUAUUUAACAUACACGGUCGUAGAAAACUUCGCAAUGAUUUUCGUAAAACCCUCAUUGCGCUUACAUUUGGAUCAUAGGCAACAUUGUAAAUGAAAGAACGCAUAUUGAUCAUUAUAAGGGCUUCGAGCGUAAUGGUUUGUAAAUAAUCGGCAGCUUUUUAUCACAAAUAAAGAUCUAUUUAA